AUGACCGCAGAUGUGCAGCGCGAGGGGGAGUUAGGAACUUCCACGCCACAGUCACCUGCCAAAAAUCCGCGAAAGCGCAGACAGGAUGAUGAUCCUGAUCAACGCGAGGAAAGCGGGACGGACGCACCAAGCCAGCCCAGACGAACCAGAAGAAAGACAGUUCGGCAUGAUUACCGUUUAAUGCACGAUCCAGAGGCAGACAAAGAUCUGGAUAAUGAUCCAGAUAAAUCAAAUGCCGAAUUAGUCUAUAUUGCGAUGAGUGCCCACGGAAAUGCGGAUGCGGACGAGCCAAAGACGCUCAGUGAUGCCAAGAGAUCACUCGAGUGGCCCAAAUGGGAACAGGCAGUCCAGAUGGAACUCAAUCAACUACAGGGUAUGGAGACUUGGGAGUUAGUGGAACCUCCCGAAGAUUGA